AUGAGGAUCAAAUACACAAUAUCCAUCGUCUUUUUUGUGGCACUCGUUAUCAUUGAGAAGGAAAACAACAUUAUCUCAAGGGUGUCAGAUAAGCUUGCCCUAAAGCAGACUCCCCAGACCCCUCUACAGCCCAGUGGUUUUCCCCACAUAUUGCUGAAGCACAAUGGUUCCUUCACCUCACUCAGCAAGAAGGACUCUGCUUUCACACUGAUGAAGCGACGCCUGGAAAACUACAGCGAACACCAGGAGGUGAUGACAAGGGGCAGGAAACAUAUCCUCCUCUUAGCCACCACCAGGACAGGCUCCUCGUUUGUGGGCGAGUUCUUCAACCAACAGGGCGACAACAUGUUUUACCUGUUUGAGCCAUUGUGGCAUGUAGAGAAGAUGUUAACGUUGGAGACUGGCGGCACCAACGCCACAGCGGCAGCCAAGGCGUACCGUGACGUGCUCCAGCAGCUCUUCCUGUGUGACUUCUCCAUGUUGGAGAGCUUCCUUGACCCCCUCCCUGUGGAACACAUCACAACCGCCCUCUUCCGCAGGGAGUCGAGCAGCUCUCUGUGUGAGGAGUCAGUCUGCAGCCCAGUCAUUAAAGGGGUGUUUGAGCGGUAUCGCUGUAGGACCAGACGCUGCGGGCCCCUGAAUCUUACGAUGGCAUCCCAGUCCUGCCUUCAUAAGGAGCACAGGGCCAUCAAGUCAGUGAGGGUGCGCCAACUGGAGACCCUCCGUCCUUUGGCAGAGGACCCACGUCUAGAUAUUAAAUUCAUUCAGCUUGUUCGGGAUCCUCGGGCUGUAUUAGCCUCACGCAUGGUGGCCUUUGCUGCCAAAUACAAAAACUGGAAGCAGUGGGCCAUGGAUGGGGAUGUGCCUAUUGAUGAUGAUGAGGUGAGGAAGCUGAAGGGAAACUGCGACAACAUAAGGAUGUCUGCAGAGGUCGGCCUCAGACAGCCACCAUGGCUGCGCAGACGAUACAUGUUGGUGCGGUACGAGGACAUCGCCAGGUUCCCAAUGAGGAAGGCAACCGAGAUGUACAAGUUUACUGGAAUCCCAUUCACUCCACAAGUGAAAUCCUGGAUCCUGAAGAAUACGCAGGCCUCCAAAGAGACCAGUGGUGUUUUCUCUACACAGAAAAACUCCUCAGAACAAGUAGAGAAAUGGAGGUUCAAUAUACCAUUCAAAAUAGCCCAGGUUGUACAAAAAGUGUGCGGCCCGACACUUAAGCUUUUUGGAUACAAAUUUGUAAGCAGUGAAGAAAUGCUAACAGACAAGUCAAUUAGUUUGAUAGAAGAUAAAGUGUUCAACUUUUUAUAGACUUUGAUGGACACAAACUCUGAACCCUGAUGCAUGAAAAACAUCCUUCGGAAAACUCUGAAAUGACUGAUAUUUAUUAGGGUCUUUUAUCCUGAUACAGAGAACUAUAUAUUUUCUGAUAGCAUGCUAUUUAAAGUUUUUUACUAUUUAAGAUAGUUUGAUGAAGAAAAUGUAUUGUUGAGCACAAAAUACAUAUAAAGCUUUUAACCAUUGUAGGAAGGAUGAUGGAAACAAUGUUGAAACCUUACUUGUGGGUAUGACAUGGGGAAAAUAGGAAACUAUCUUUGUUAUUGCACUCCUAACUAUUUUCUCUUUACAACCCAAACUGUAUCAUUUGCUGUAGUUCCUUAGUAAAUAGGGUGAAUGAGGUAUAAUAAUGAGCAAUUUCAAACACUUUCAAGAACCUCCAUUAGUUAUUUUCAUCCUGCCACUGCUAAGUUAGCACAAUAAGCUGCUUUUAGACCAAAGAAACUUGAAAUGUAAAGUCCAAAAAAAAUGAAUUGCUUUGUAUAUAAAUGCUCAUGGCAGGAAGAGGAAAUACCAAUGUUUUGCCAAGUUAUUUCUACGCAAGAGAUUAAGAAGUAAUGUUCCAUGCUAAUUUAUUUAUACUUUGCUAAAAAGGUCCUCAUAACUCCAGCUCUGAAUGUGCUCCACUAGUUCUUUCCUUCCCUGCAGGGGUACCUUCCUUGCACACGUACUGUAUUCUGUAGGUUGCUGUACAUGCAUGUUUGUAAUUGGCCAAUGGCUGUUUGAAGUCAUCUCCAGGACUGUAAGGACCUAUUUUGUAAAAACAGAUGUUUACAUUAUUACUGUAUGCAAACAUUCCAACUGCAGCUGGUUUGCAGGAUUGUGUGAGGUUUGUCAGCAGGUCUCUGUCUGUUGACACAAGUCUCUUGGCUAGUGAUAAAAAGAGGCCCUGAUACUCUGUUCUGCCAGGCUGGUUGCUGACAUUCUAAGCUGUUUCUUUUGCAAUUUGCUUGUUACA